AUGAAGAAAGAUAAGACGGCUCCUCCUUAUUCAGUCAAUUUCUCUCCAAAUGCUCAGAAGCGUCUAAAAUUGAUACACUAAAAGGAUUGUUAUCUGUUUAGUCAAAACAAAAUGGUGAGUUUGAGAGAGAGAACUAUGGUUCAUUUGAUAUGGGGAAACCCCUCCGGCUGCCAAGAGCCGAAAAUGGUGAUGUCCGAGAAAAAGGCGCAGCCUUUCCUCCGUCAAAUUUGUUCUUUCUUUUUUCUCAGACCAAACUCGUCUGCAAGUGGCAGAUAUGGUCAAAUGACAUUAAUACCCCUGUCGCAUCCACCAACCAGGCAACCACGCAAAAAGUCCUUGCUAAACCGGCCCGGUUUGUUCAUAGACCCGAGAACUUGA